CUGCCAUUCUUGUUUAUUAUUUUUUUUUUAUUUGUUGAUUCUCAAUCCAACAAUCCUCUCGUCCAUGACGCUGGGAUCGGACACGGCUGCUGCUGCUGCUGCUGCUGCCUCAAAUUCAUCCGCAUCGACGCCUGGCCGCGAGCGCGCACUCGCGACACUGCUCAUCCAUGCAGACGCUGGCAUUGCCGCUGCGGACGGCGCUGAAAUUGCGCCGGCGAUCAGCGUGAGCACGACAUUUCGCCGUGAUCAGAGCCCGCACGUCUACUCGCGCAUGUCGCAGCCCACACGCGACCGCGCCGAGGCCGUCCUGGGUGCGCUCGAGCAUGGCCACGCAGUCCUCUACAGCACGGGGCUCGCUGCCAUCCACGCCGCGUUCGUCUUCUACAACCCAAAGCGGAUUCUCAUCGACGGAGGUUACUUUGGCACUGUGGCCGUCGCCAAGCUCAUCGGAUCCAAGUUCGGAACGAGAAUCGAAAGCCUCAAGUCGGCAACCAUUCAAGCAGGCGACCUCGUCUGGCUCGAAACACCCAAAAACCCGUGCUGCGACAUUCAAGAUGUCGCUGAAUUUGCCAAGCGUGCGCAUGCCGUUGGUGCAAUUGUAGUUGCCGAUGCCACGUUCGCACCUCCGCCGCUGCAGUAUUGCUUGGAUCUCGGCGCUGAUAUGGUGAUGCACGCAACAACCAAGUACCUUGGUGGCCACAGCGAUCUGCUUGGUGGAGCCCUAGUCGUUCGCGAUCGUGCAACGCAAGAAAAGUUGUUGAAUGAGCGCAGCAUUUCAGGCGCCGUCCCCGGCUCGCUGGAAACUUGGCUGCUCCUUCGCAGUUUGCGCACGCUCGAGUUGCGAGUCACUCGACAGAGUCAAUCAGCAGCCAUUUUGGCCGCUUGGUUUGCCAGCGGACGUGCUCCCUUCGUUAAGCGUGUCUGGCAUCCAUCUCUCCCAACUCACCCGCUUCAUGAUGUCGCCGUCAAGCAAAUGAAGGGUUCGUUCGGCGGCGUGCUCUCAAUCGAGCUGGAUACCGAGCAUCGUGCCGUGAAGCUGCCCGACCGACUUCGGCUCUUUGCCGACGCAACCUCUCUCGGAGGAGUGGAAUCCCUGAUCGAGUGGCGCUAUCGUGUGGACCAGACCAUCUCUCCCUGCUUGCUUCGCGUUUCGGUUGGUUUGGAGGAUCCACAGGAUUUGAUUGCCGACAUGGAGGCUGGUCUGGCUUCGUUGGCUGACGUAACUGGACCAGCGUCAAAGCUUUGAACGCCAUCAUGCAUUUUGUUUGAGAUUUUUUUUGUUUGUUUCUCAUUGUCCAUGUUUAAUAAAAUUCCGAC